AUGGCCUUCGACCUACAAACUUACCGUUGCCAGCGUAGCAUCGGGUUCCGCGUUGAAGCGCAUGGAAACUGCACCUUCGAUAAGCAUGGAAACAUGAUAGCACGCAAUCCUUGGCGCACUGGUGACGCUCAAGCAUGCAGAGAUCACCUCCAAUGGACGAGGCGAGAGGGGCCCUUCAUUUCAUUCUUUACUAGCUGGAAGGCCGCUCUACGGAGACAGCAGUUUAUGCUAAGUAGGGGGGCCGAAGAAGUUGUUAUUGUUGCCGUUUGGCUAGAAGGGUUGACUUUGGUCUACGACGCUUUGCAGAUUGCUCGAGAUUUAGGCCUUGGCAACCUUGAUUGGUUUCGAAACGAAGUGUUAGUCCACGGGGCGAUAUACGCCGACAACUACAGGAUUCUGGCCAUUUUCCCCGGCAAUGAGAACACCAAGGAGGUUGUACUCCAUCUUGAUGGGUUGAAUAGAAGGGCCAGGAUACCAGGAGAGUUUAUUGAUGGGGUCAGCAUCAAGAGGACUAUUGGUGGGAUGCCUGAUGUAACCGAACUGCUUCAAGACGAAAUAUACUCACUCACCGGAACGAGGGGCGAUGCCAAGCUCAAUCCGUUGGUAUUGUCCAUGGCAGAUGGCGAGUACUUUUAG